AUGUCACCGUCCACGUGCUCGAACGGCAUCCCCGGGGUCAGCGACGGCGAAGUUUGCUGCUUGGAGGCCUGCGGGCAGUGCGGGGGAGUGGGGUGCGGUGCUAUCGCGGGAACCAACGGGGCCUCCGACUGCUGCCCGGACACGAUCAAGGAGGAGUCCGGCGGGGUAUUCUGCGGGGAAGCACCCUGCGUGAUGGAGGGAUUCACCCCAUCACCGCUGAACCCGGCCUUGGACGGAACCGCUGCUCCUGUCGCUCCUUCGACGUGUUCGAACGGGAUCCCUGGUUACCAGGACGGAGUCAUUUGCUGCUUAGAGAUCUGUGGCAGGUGCGGAGGGGACGGUUGCGGCACCAUCCCGGGGACUGGUGGCUCGGACAACUGCUGCCCUUCGGACAUCCUCGCAGCGGGAGUGGUCUAUCCAGCAGAGGGCAACCCAGCUUGGGCUUACCUGUACCCGGGCAAGGGCUGCGAAGGACGCUUGAUAGCUAGUGGAGAAGCGGCAGCCACGAGGCCACUUCGCGCCGUGUGA